UUCAAUUCUGCCCCGGAACCGACGCGCACGGCUCUCGCCUCGGCCCCCAAGAACGGCAAGCUAGCGCGCGGCGGGCAAGACCGCGAUCCUCGACGUCGAUUCCAGCAGUUCGCGGUGCGACGACGUCCAUGGCGAGGGCGGCGGCGGCGAAGAAGGUGAUGGUGCUCGCGGCGGCGCUCGCGGUCCUCCUCCUGGCGGCGGCGUCGUCGGCCACCGUGGCCAGCGCCGGCAGGGCCGACCCGGCGGCGGCCGGCGGCGCCUCUUCUCUUGACCAGGGAUCGACGGCGGCGGGGGAGCGCGGGUGCGAGGGCGCCAACGACGAGGACGAGUGCAUGAUGAGGCGCACGCUGGCGGCGCACACCGACUACAUCUACACCCAGGAGCAUCACAACUAGUUCAAUCCUAGCAGCAGUGAUCGUAUAUAUCACAGCAGUAGCUUUUAUGCAUGCAUCUCUCAUCUGUUCUGUGAAUGAAUUCAGUGCAUGCCGCGUUACAUGUAUGCUGCCUUAAGUUGGAUAUAUAAACAGUUUGUGAACUGUAGGCUUCCAUGCCAUUGCGAUCCAUCUUUUGAUUUGUGUCCUAUCCCAUGUAUAUAUAUGUCCGGAAUCAGAAAUUUUUCACAAUCA